AUGGCUUACUACCAGGAACUAGCGUGGUGGGAUGUCAUUGCAGCACCCAUCUGUUUCUUGUGGUUUCUUGCGUUGUGUUAUCUUUUCUGCAUCACCAUCGUUCGACACUUCUUGAUCUAUAAAGGAACAGCCAGAACGCCAUUCUUAUUCUAUGGAGAAAAGGAAAAGUCGAAAGAAUUAGAUCUGGCUUCAACCAUAACUGGUUCUACCGAAGCGAGAAAAUAG